UCAGAAUGUCAGGUCGUGGAAAAACUGGAGGGAAAGGCCGUGCUAAGGCCAAGACCCGCUCCUCCCGAGCUGGUCUCCAAUUCCCGGUCGGUCGUAUCCACCGCCUGUUGCGUAAAGGACACUAUGCGGAGCGGGUCGGAGCUGGAGCCCCUGUUUAUCUGGCUGCCGUCCUCGAGUACCUGACCGCCGAGAUCCUCGAGUUGGCUGGUAACGCGGCCCGGGAUAACAAGAAAACUCGUAUUAUUCCGCGCCACCUGCAGCUGGCCAUCCGCAACGACGAGGAGCUCAACAAGCUGUUGGGAGGGGUUACCAUCGCCCAGGGCGGCGUCUUGCCCAACAUUCAGGCCGUGCUGCUUCCCAAGAAAACGGGCCACCCCAGCAAAGUUUACGCCUGAAGAAGACGCGGGAUAAAGGAAAAAUCAGAAGUUACAACACCCAACAAAGGCUCUUUUCAGAGCCGCCUACUUUUUCUGCAAGAGCUUUAACUGAAUUGUCUAACAAGAUUUGAGCAAGUUUCUUCCAGAAUCUGAUGAACGUUUUUCCGAGAUACGAUAUUUGAAAGACAUUUUCCAAAUCACUGGAUGUGGUUGUCUUAAACGCAAUAAUUGCUGCAGGGUGCUGUGUGUUUCGCGUUCUUUCAACUAUAACGAUAUGAAUUCAGGGCCAGUGUUGAGUUAUAA